GGCGCUUUGUUCAACAACUGUGCUCAACAGUUUAGAAACAUUGAUGGUAGUGAAGACAGGUUAUCAAAGACACAAGUAGAAACAGAACGUAAAUGCCUAAUCCAAACAUUUCAACCCAAGACUGGUACUACCAUGCUCCUAGUAAGAGAGUGGUACAACCUGCAAAACCUGCUCCUCCUGCAUCACAGAUCCCUGGGAUAGGGGGACUCCCUGAUGAGUUGGCCAACCCUGAGGGUGAUGAUAGACAUUUCAGAAGGAAGUGGAUAAGGGACACAGACUCAAAGUAUAUAAAGCUUGCUAAAGGAGGAGGGCGAAAGAAUUUGUUGACAUUCCGCAGCCCACAAGUGAAGGCUGAGGAACCAGUUCCUUACCCACGAGUGGAAUGGUUUGAUCAUGAACAUCCAGAAGAAGAAGUGGAUGAAUCUAGUCAUGAAUUUGUAGUUCAAAAUGAGGAGGAAAAUAAAGAGAAAAAGCAAGGAUAUCAAGUCCUCCCAGAAUGGUAUGUUCACGUCCAUGAUGUGCCAGCAGAUGAUGAGAUUGUGACAGGUUCUUAUCGAUCCAAACGACCAAUAAUGGGAUUUGAUAAUCUUUCAAAAUGGCAACGGGACUCUAAAGAUGCAAAACAAAAUCCCAACAAUGUUAGACUUCCUCCUUUGAAGAAGAUUCACAAGGUGGAUAAAAGGUAUGAAGAAUUGAAGGCAGCACAAAGAAUUGCACCUCAGGCUCAAGGAAGACAUGCAAGGUUACCAAAAAUUGAAAAUGAACAGGUCGAUUUUAAGCAUUUGAUGUCCAUGGGUUACCAAAGAGACUGGUUGCAAGAACAGAAACAAAAGACAAAGGAAGAAAAAGGAGAAAAAAAGAAACAACAAGAGGAAGUCGAAGAUAAGCAAGAGAAACAACACAAUAAAGCUAUAAGGAAACCAAACAAUGCAUCUGAUAGUGACAAACCUAUGUUCAAACUUAGCAAGUUUGAAAGGAUACAACCCAGAGUGGAGAGUUUCCGGACUUGAACAAUCCCAGGGACUUCUGUGUGAUUCAUCAGAUGGAGAAAAGCUUUCUGUCUUUUAAAAAUACUUCAGGUCAGGAGGGCCCUCAAUAAUAUUGUCAGUGAAACAACCCAAUUACUUUACAGCAUGAGGGAAUAAAAAAGGGAGAAUCUGGCUGACAUGCAAGCCAUCAAAACAUUUAUAUAAAGAGUUUUAUUUAAGACAACUUCAAGAGUGUUUAAAAUUCGAUUUUAGAUACAAAACUUUGUGCAAAAAGUUGAACAAAGAUAUUGAUGUUAUUUAAGGUGCUUUUAGUAGCACACUAGUUAACUGUGUGUUUUGCAUCAAGUUAUUAUGGGAAAAAUUCAUUUUGAACCAAGAUUACCAUUACCUAAUGAGAUUUUAGGAGAAGUGUCACUAGUGUUGUCCAGAGAUUUUAAAUAACCAGCCAUAAAACAGCUCUUGUCAGUAAGGGUUUAACUUCAUUCCAGAUCAAGACAAACAUUCUACCACUUAGUCUUAUCAGAUUAACAGGCACUGAUGAAAUGAGUGACCAGCAAAAGCAGUGGCCUUAAGUGCUUCUCAAGAACACUGCAUUAUAUUUAAAAUCUGAUUUAUAUUGUGGAUAAGCUUGAGGGUUCAUAGAGGGAUCUUGAGGCAAAGAGAUGCAUGAAUAUUGAUUCAUAAAGAGGGAAUGAUAUACACAUGUAAAUUUUUAUGACAUUCUGAUGAGUGUUGAGCUAAAAUCGCUCUGUAAAUUACUGUACAAACUAACAUGAACAUUGCUAUCAAAGUCAUAUGAUUUAGAGUAAAGUUGCAUGAUCACAAGUCAUCAUUGUGUAUAAAAAGUACUUGUAUUAUUUAUUACAUUAUAUAACACAUACAUGACGUUUUAUUCAUUUGUGAAUCA